AGCGUGACUCAGCGGGAGGGCUGGAUAAAAGGCCCGGCGAGGCGAGGCUGGUUGUGGAUACGCUAUAGCGCGGGGAACGUGCGGUGACAGCUGUAGUAGCCAAGGAGCUUGAAGGAUCUGCUGGCCUAUUAUGGAGUUUCCAGACUUGGGCAAGCAUUGUUCAGAAAAAACUUGCAAACAGCUGGAUUUCCUUCCUUUAAAAUGUGAUGCAUGUAAGGAAGUUUUCUGUAAAGAUCACAUCACAUAUGACCAACACAAAUGUACCUCUUCAUAUAAGAAGGAUGUGCAGGUUCCAGUAUGCCCUUUAUGUAACACUCCCAUCCCAGUGAGAAGAGGAGAGAUGCCAGACAUUGUAGUUGGAGCACACAUGGACAGGGACUGCAAAUAUGAUCCUACUCAGCAGAAACAGAGGAUUUUCACAAAUAAGUGCUUAAAAGAAGGCUGCAAACGGAAAGAGAUGAUGAAGCUUGUUUGUAACCAAUGCCAUGGAAACUUCUGUAUAAAACAUCGGCAUCCUCUGGAUCAUGACUGCAAAGGGGCAGGUAGCUCCAUCUCCAAAGCUGGAUCUGCAGCUAUAAUGAGAGCAUCUGAAUCCAACUUCAGGCCAGCUGGAUCAAACAAGAGGUCUUCUAACUGGUAUCUUCAGCGCAACAGGUAUAAACUGAAGUGUGGUUAUGAGAUUAGCAAAACAAGAUGACAUAAAUCAGAGCCUUGUGUCUACAGGAUGUAGAAACUGCCAUUGGCACGCCUUCCUUAUAACUUUUAUUAUAGUUGCCAGUUGACAUGUGAGCAAUGCCAGGUGUGUAAAGGAGGGGCAUAUAACAGUCCAAGACAUGGCUAAUUGCCACAGUGACCAAACAAUCUCUGCAUAGUGGAUAAAUGUACAGUCUUCAAAUUCCUACUUAUUACAAUGACCUAGUAGCUGACUC